AUGUCAAGCAGUGUCAUGCUGACUGUCGGCUUGGAGCUGGAAGAACAACAGUGUCAGCUUGUGGGAGACACUGCUGCCCUCGCUACACUCCAGGAACAUCUUCUCACCACAUUGGACAGAUUCCUAUGCAGACAACACAAGAAUACCCGGGCCAGACUUACUGUCAAGAACAUCAAGGAUAAGGUCAGAGCAGAUGUGAUACAGUAUUGCAAGGCCCAUGCAGCACUGCUUUCCCUUGCAGGCCCCUUCAGAAGACUGGGUGGCAGUCACAAUUCAAACACUUGGAAGAUGGCAACAUAUGUGGAAUGUCUGAAGGCAAUAGUAUGUCAACCAAGGGGUGGCAAACUCUCUCAUGGAUCUGGAUGUUGCCUGGAGUGGGCGCAGGUGGAGAUCAAGAAUUACAUGAAGCUGGUCCAUGUGCAGCUUGCUGAUGCAGCCCUGGGGGCCGAUAACGACUUGGUCAUUCAGGCAUAUAGUACAGAGGUCACGGGUUUGAGCCCACAAAAAAUAUGCCAACAAUAUCAGGAUGAAUUGGAGUCAUGGAAAGAGUACAGAUAUGAAGUCGAGGCCAAUAAAUUGGGAGUGGGAUACACUAAAGUCGACUGUGCUGGCUGGGAUCCAGACAAGGGAUGGUAUACGGAUACAGAUGGCGGGUUUAACAUUGGGGCUGGUGUUGCGCUGAUGGUCAAGGCUCGCAAAGCGUGGAUGCUAUUUGAGGACAUCAUUGGAAUCGAGACAGGCUUUGAUUCAUGCUACCAAGUGCUCCAGCAAGCACAACUUGUUGCUGUGCUUCAGUCUGCUGUCUUUCUGCCUCAGCAGCUCUCUAAUCCUGGAAAGCGACCUUCAAGUUCAGAUUUGCAAGUUGCAUGUGAAGAUGGCUUGUUUCCCGUUGGGCAACCGUACAGUAAUCAGAAUCCAGAGACCAUGCAACAGAGGCAGAACAUGUCAUAA